AAAAAAAAAUUAGAAUAAAUUUUUUUAAAGAAAAAAAGAACAAAAUAAUAAUUAAAAGCAAAAAUAAAAUUAAAUUUGAGUCGAUAGAAAGUUGUAGGAAUCGAACUUUUGCCCCCUUCCGGGAAAAAUAACAGGCAAGGCGGGGCCCAUACCGACUUAACCACAAAUACUCACAAUUCUUCCCGUACAUAUUUUUAAUUUAAAUUAAUUAAUUUAUUUUUCCCUUUCAAGUUUGAUCAAUUAAAACAAUCAGCGCAAAAAUAUGAACAACACAAUCAUUAUACCGACAUUAGUUACCUAACCUUUGAAUUUAAACAAGGAGAAUUUUCUACUUUAGAAUUAAUGCAAAUUGAUCCUAGAACGACACGUACAGGAGCUCACUUAAUGGCCAUUAGAAAAGCCCACGCAGCUAUUAUUUGUUAUGCUGCACAUAUACCUUCUUCAUUUCAUGUAUUAACUGGAUUUUCUGAAGAUUUUAAUACUAGUCAAUCAGCAGAGGAAAAGGGAGGGAAAGGAAAGGGGAAAAUAACAAAAAAUACAGCUAGGCCUGUUAGUGUAUUUUAA